AUGGACCGUGUCGCUGAAUCAGAGCCUCUUCUCCAACCAACUGCUCCCGCAACACCAGAUUUGGACUUACCGACCGUUAUUGCCGCGGCAAGAGCCAACCGCAUUCGACGCGUCUCCCUCCUGUUGGCUAUAAUUGUUGCCGCCCUCCUCGAAGUCGCGCUCUUCGCACGCAUCGUCGUUGCUUACGCCAACGGAAAUGCACACCACAAGGACAUCGCCUUCUACGUUCUCGGUCCAGCGGCAUUGACUGCUUCUGUGACCACUUUUGUCAUCAUUGUCCUUUUCCGUGCAGGAAGGCGCCGCUUGACGACCAAAUGGACAAGGGUCACUGUUCAGAUCCGGAUUCUCGUCUUAUACGCCGUUUGCUGGGCGAUUAUCGCCUCGUUGAUCACCUAUCUACCUGAGCAAUGCCCCCACAAAGACGAAAGCGACUGGGCUGGUACUUGCAGCGGCCUUUAUACGACUACGCUCGUACUCAACUGGAUAUUUAUUGACCUGUUACUGAUUGCUGCGUAUGCUACCUAUUUUCGAGCCAAAUUAGUGCAUGGCACUAACCUAGUGCGCCAUCCUGAGGUUCGCAUGAUCGCAGCCUGGCGCCUGGCCGAGGUAGAAGAUGGGACCGUCCAACUCUAA